GAUCACCGGAAAAAAGGUCAUUGAUUCCUUCGAAAUUUUCUGCCAUUCCAGCCAUACUUAUUGUCCUUCUUGUUUUACAAAUACUCAGCAAAAAGUGAUUUACUUCGCUUAUUUAAUUAUAUCAGUGAUCUUAAUUCUAUCAUAAACCUUCCUUUGCUCUUUUCUAUAUAAGAUGCGUUUCAAAGUUUUGGCUUUGUCAUCUGGAGGAAAGGUUUUGAUCCCAAAAGGGUGCUUCUUGGCUUGGUUUUAGAGGAAAAUAUAAACCCAGAAAGCUGAUUUUGAUUGAGAGAUAAAGUUAUGACGCAGUCAAGGGUGGUGACAAUGGAGGAAGGUAAGGACCCGGCUUCUGCAGUCAGAACGAACCUCUCCAGGGCUUUGCAUUUGAGACUCAUUCUAUUUUGUUUGUUGUUUUUGGUCCUGGGCAUUGGAUUAUCGAUCAUCAGUAUGUAUUCAGUACGAUUUUUUAUGGUCCAGCAUGUAUCUACUGUGGCACCAUCAACUAUUCAGCCUUGUUUUAAAGAGGCUAAUAGCAUAAAAAGUUGGAUUAAGCCUCCAUCAAACUUGAUGCAUACUAUGAAUGAUACCGAACUAUUCUGGAGAGCUUCAUUUGUUCCUCAAAUCAAGGAAUAUCCUUUCAAGAGAGUCCCCAAGAUUGCCUUCAUGUUCUUGACAAAGGGGCCAUUGCCACUGGCUGCUCUUUGGGACAGAUUCUUCAAGGGGCAUGAAGGGAAGUACUCGAUAUAUAUCCAUGCGCUGCCAUCUUACAUUGCCAGCCAUCCACCGUCAUCUGCUUUCUACAGGAGACAAAUCCCAAGUCAGAUGGUGGAGUGGGGAAAGAUGAGUAUGUGCGAGGCUGAGAGGAGACUCAUUGCUAAUGCAUUGCUCGAUAUCUCCAAUGAAUGGUUUGUUCUCUUGUCUGAGUCUUGCAUUCCUCUGCACAAUUUCAGCAUAAUCUAUCGCUACAUAUCAAGAUCAAGACACAGCUUCAUCGGAUCAUUUGAUGAACUUGGACCUGAUGGGAGAGGACGCUACGAUCGACGCAUGGAACCAGAGGUCACACUUAGCCAAUGGCGUAAAGGAUCUCAGUGGUUUGAAGUUAACAGGAGGCUUGCAAUUAACAUAAUUGAGGACACCACCUAUUAUCCCAAGUUUAAGGAGUUCUGCCAGCCAGCUUGUUAUGUGGAUGAGCAUUAUUUCCCCACAAUGCUGAGCAUCCAAUUGCCUCAUCUCUUGGCAAACAGGACUCUUACAUGGACAGACUGGUCAAGGGGUGGUGCUCAUCCAGCCACAUUUGGGAAGGAUGACAUAACAGAAGGUUUCUUUAAGAAAAUUUUUGAAGGUCAAUUUUGCCUUUAUAAUAGCCAGACAGCUACAGUUUGUUAUCUUUUUGCAAGGAAGUUUGCUCCAAGUGCUUUGGAUCCUUUAUUAGGAUUGGCAUCCAAAAUUUUAGGGUAUUGACUAAACUUGGUUACAAAGA